AUGGAGUUACAAGCUUUCAAUAGAGCAUGCAGAAGAUUCAAGCCACACAUUCUGAUGACUCUGGCACAGAUUGGCUAUACUAUUCUCUACUUCAUCACCGAAGCUUCUUUCAAUCGUGGAAUGAAUCCACAUGUUUACGUGACUUACAGACAUAUCGUGUCUGGCUUCGCCAUGUUGCCGUUUGCAUAUUUUCUUGAAAGAAAGCUAAGGCCAAAGAUGACAUUGGCUUUGUUCAUGGAGAUUUUUGUGCUUUCUCUUCUUGGGAUAAGCCUAACUCUGAACUUGUAUUUUGCAAGUUUAAGAUGCACAUCACCUGUUCUUCUUGCUUCAAUGGUGAACUCAAUACCUUCUUUAACCUUUGUUUUGGCUAUUAUGUUAAGAUUAGGGCAUUUCAAUGUCAAGAGUUUUCAAGGAUCUGCUAAGGUGAUUGGGACCUUGGUCUGCUUGGCUGGAGUUACAACAAUGACAUUAUACAAAGGCACAACAAUAAGAAAAUCAUGGGGUGUAUUAAUUCAAAUGCCACAAAAUAAAAUCAGUGAAAAUUGGUUAAAAGGUUCUGUUCUUACAGUGAUUAGUUGUAUAACAUGGUCAAUAUGGUAUAUUAUGCAGGCCAUAACCCUACAAAAAUAUCCAGCACAACUUUCACUUACUACAUGGAUGAGUUUCAUUGGAGCAGCUCAAUCAGCAGUUUUCACCUUAUUUGUAGAGCACAAAGCGUCAGCUUGGAUUAUUAAAUUUGACAUUGACCUGUGGAGCACACUAUAUGGUGGAAUCAUUUGUUCUGGUAUAAUAAUCUACAUUCAGUUGUGGUGCACAAAAGAAAAAGGGCCUGUGUUUGUCACUAUGUUCAAUCCAGUCUCAACCAUAUUAGUGACUCUUUUGGCAUAUUUUGUUUUUGGGGAGAAGCUAUUUAUAGGGAGCAUAAUUGGAGGAGUUAUUGUCAUUAUUGGCCUUUACUUGGUGUUGUGGGAAAAAGAGAGUGAUGAAGAUGGAAUGAAGCCACAAACACAAAACAAGAAUGAUCAGAAGAAGGAAACUUCUACCGAGGAACCAUAA